CAAAAUCGUGUCAAGUGAUAAAUCCCGGAGUCUCAAAUGAAGCUGCUUUUGUUACAUUCUGUUUAGAAUUGUUAUUAACCUUUUUUUCACUGUACUCCACCAAACCACACACUCCACCCUCUCUCACUGUCUAUAUAUCUGGUGCUACUUAUUUGUGGGGUACGUUCUCCUUCCUUCCCUAUUUUUUAUUUGUUUAUUUUUUGUGUGAAAACUCAAACAGUCAAACCAUUGAUCAUGUCCACCAUGAACAACAAGAACCUCAAAGAUUCCGAGCACUUGCACUUUUCAUGGACCAUAACAAAACUAUUGUCUUCCUUCUUCCUCUUAGUCUCCCUCUUCUACCUCUUCUACUCCCUUGGCUUCCUCACACACUCUUACAAUUGUGCACAAAAGAAGCCUUACCCUUAUUACCCUCUUCCCACCAUCAACCACAACGUUAACACCACUCCUCCCCAAGUGCCCUUUGAAAAAACCAACAUCUCCCACAUAGUAUUCGGCAUAGGGGCCUCGUCCAGGCUCUGGGCCCACCGAAAAGAGUUCAUCAAGCUCUGGUGGAGGCCCAACGAGACAAGGGGCAACGUGUGGCUAGACCAACCAGUGGAAAAAACCGAACCCAGCGAAGACCACCUAGUUCCAACGUUGAAGAUAUCGAGCGAUGUCUCGAACUUCAAGAGCAAGAAUCCACGUGGCAACAGGUUGGGGAUUCGAAUAUCCCGCAUAGUGUCGGAGACAGUGAGGCUUGGGAUGGAGAAUGUGAGGUGGUUUGUGAUGGGGGAUGAUGACACUUUCUUUGUGACGGAGAAUUUGGUGAAGGUGUUGCAGAAAUAUGACCAUAAUGAGUUUUACUACAUUGGGACAUCUUCGGAGAGCCACAUGCAGAAUAUUCAUUUUUCUUAUAAUAUGGCAUUUGGGGGAGGGGGGUUUGCGAUAAGUUACCCUUUGGCUGUGGCGUUGGAGAGGAUGCAGGAUAGGUGCAUAGAGAGGUACCCUGCAUUGUUUACCUCAGAUGAUAUGAUCCAGGCUUGUAUGGCUGAGCUUGGGGUUCCUCUCACCAAAGAAAUUGGCUUCCAUCAGUUUGAUGUGCACGGCAACGUGUUCGGGCUGCUAGCAGCUCACCCCAUCACACCGCUAGUUUCGAUGCACCACUUGGACCUGGUGGAGCCCAUAUUCCCGAACGUGGAGCGCGUGGAGGCCCUACAGCGGCUGAUUGGGCCGAUGAAAGUGGACCCGUAUGGGCUGAUGCAACAGUCGAUUUGCUACGACAAGGCCCGGCACUGGACCAUAUCGGUGUCUUGGGGUUACGCAGUUCAAAUAUUCCGGGGCGUGUUCGUGGCCCGGGACAUGGAGAUGCCCGCCAGAACCUUUCUCAAUUGGGACCGCCGUGCAGAUUAUACGGGCUUUCCCUUCAACACGCGCCCAUUCAGCCGCAAUGUUUGUCAGAAGCCUUUUGUUUUUUACUUGUCCGCUUAUGAUGGGCUUGUUAAUCACACUCUCACCGAGUAUAUUCGGGUCCAGCCCAACCCCGACUGCAAGUGGAAAAUGCCGGAUCCAGCCCAAAUCCAGAUUGUGAAGGUCAUCAAGAAACCCGACCCGCAUUUAUGGGAUAAGUCUCCAAGAAGAAAUUGUUGCAGGGUUCAACCAACAAAUGAAGAAGGAACUCUGGUGAUUGACGUGGGAGAAUGCAGAAAAGAUGAAAUUGUUGAGUAAUAGUACUUAAUUAGAGGCAUGGGGAAUAGCUCAGCUUUCUUCUCAUGAUUCUUAGUCACGUUCUUUAUUAUUAUAUGUCCUUUUCAAAUGAUUUUGGGAACUUCAUAGCCAAGGUGUGGAGUAUGCAAAAAGACAAGUGUAAAUUGGUGUGGGUUUUUGGGUAGGGGUCUAUGUAAAAAUGUUAUAAACUACAUUAGAUUUUUAAGAUUUCAUGAAAGAAUACUGAUUGUAAUGUGUUCUUCAAUUAAGUAAAUACUUUUUUUUUUAUUU